UUUCCUUUGUGAAAAUAAAUGCAAAAGCUCCGAGGAUUCCACAGAGCUAUAUAUAAAGCUAAGGUUAGAGAGUGGAUGAUUAAGUUGAGGCCCAUCAUGUACUAAGAGGGGAAGGGAUGCAGGACAACAAAAUGAUAAAAGCCAAGUUGUUAGUCAGAGACAGAUGAACAGAAAAGGAAAGAGAAUGGGUUCAAGUUUAUUGCCAUGAAUUCCACAAGAAUUCAAAGAGUGGGUCGCGUCUUGUUGGUGUCGAGACGAUAAAAGGAUGAGAAGAUAGAGAUCUCGUUAAAGCAGACGAGAUUUUGUCUGACAGAAAGAAAUAGCUAACUCACAAAAUCAAAGGUUGUUGUCUCCUAAUUCCUCUCAACUCUGUGUGUGUGUGUGUGUGUGUGUGAAGAAUGGAGGGAACAGAUUUAUCUUCGACAACUGAACAGAAAUUGGGAAGAUUCAAAAGGGUGUGUGUAUUCUGUGGCAGCAAAGCUGGAUACAAGUCUACAUAUGCUGAAGCCACCAUUGAACUUGGUAAAAUACUGGUUCAGAGAAAAAUAGACUUGGUUUAUGGGGGAGGAAGUGUGGGCCUAAUGGGUUUGAUCUCUCAAACUGUGUUCUCUGGAGGCUGCCAUGUACUUGGGUAUGUUUUCAUACAAAUUUACAUUUCUGUUUACCAUGUUGCUAAUUUUGUUGUUUCAUUCAUGAUGUACAGAGUGAUUCCCAAGGCACUUCAGAUUCAUGAGAUAUCAGGAGAGACUGUCGGAGAAGUGAAAACAGUAGCAGAUAUGCACCAAAGGAAGUCAGAAAUGGCAAAACAUGCUGAUGCAUUUGUAGCUCUUCCAGGUGGCUAUGGAACCAUGGAAGAAUUGCUAGAGAUGAUAACUUGGGCUCAGCUAGGAAUUCAUGACAAGCCAGUAGGAUUGCUAAAUGUAGAUGGGUACUACGACAGCUUGCUUGCCUUAUUCGACAAAGGAGUAGAGGAAGGUUUCAUAGACAAUGCAGCCAGGAAAAUAGUGGUAAUAGCAAACACAGCAGAGGAACUAAUACAGACAAUGGAGGUAGGAAGGGGAGAAGGUGCUCUAUUAGAGGUUGCUGAAUUAUUGGAGUAUGUGGCUGUCCAUGACAAGGUUGCACCCAGACAAAGAUGGGAAGUGGACCAAUAAUCAGAGUCUACUCAAAGUGGGCAAUCCUUGAGAUCUUAGAUCUCAAUCACCAUCGAGCAAGCCAUUUGUAUAAAUAUCUGGGGUUGUGUGCUCAAAUUUGAUCAAGGGGAUUACCAAAAGAUAGACCAGAUCUCUCUAUCUCUCUCUCAAGAUCCUCAAUCUUGAUCAAUUAUUUGUACAUCCUUAAAGAUGACCUGUAUUAAAUUCCACUAAGAAUCAAUGGAAUAGUAAGAUCUUUCUCUCUCAUCAGGCCAUUGACUAACUUAAAAAAGGCAAGGGAAAACAAGUUAUACAUGGUUAAUGGUACAAAAUAGGUGUCCAAAAGGCAAUGAAAGAGAAGAAGACAUUUUGGAGGGUAGGGAUGCAAGGAGAAGAGACCCUCCAACUUGACCAUUGUACCAAUGGUGCAGCAAAGUUCAUUAUUACAUUGUGAUGUGUGGAUAGCAGUAUUUUGGAUUUUGGGUCUUUAUUCACUGAGCUGGGACCCUCCCUGCAGAGUGACCCAUUUGUUUCCUAGUGGCUUCUUUUCUCUUCUCUUCUCCUCAAUUUCUUUCCAUUAAUAUGUUUAUCAGACAAUCUUUUCCUUCUCGUUAGUGCUGUCAAAAACACAUUAUGUUCCAGAAUUUAUUAUAAAUGCAGGCUGAAGAAUGUAAUAAGAGUUUGUUCACUAUCAGUUCUUGAAGGAAAUUUCUAAACCC